GUACCGGUACAGGCCCAGGUUUUCGCAGCCUCAUUGGCUAAUAUCCAUUUGAACCUUCCUCGUGUCGUCGUGUCGUGCUUCUUCUUCUUCUUUGACCCACACAGAAUUCUGUUGGGCUGUUGGGUCGACCUCAUGACAUUGUUUCUUCUGUUGAUUGAGUCCAGUAGUUUCGUUAAUACCGCACCAUGAACAACGACUUGUUUGAAGGCGCCCUCGAUGUGGUGUAUAAGAGUGGGUUUGUGACACGACUCUCUUGCAAAGAGUCUUCAAAGUCAACAACGACUACUGGUACCACGUUGGUCUGCUGCAGCUCUGCCAGUGCCCGUGACGUCAAGGCACUCCUGCGUGAAAGACUGAAUCUGGGGGAUGAGGAGCUUCGACUCCGUGACAAGCACGGCAAAUAUAUCUUUGGCAACUUUGAAAAAUCUCCUCCUUGUGCUGAUACCAUGCUGAGCUGGGAAGCAGUGACGGUGGAUCCUCAUUUGCUGGGUCUUUGUCAAGUGGUGGGCAUGGGCGACGAAGCCGAGCGUGAUCGCAUGAUGGAACGCAUGAUGACACCUCGGAGAGCUCAGGAAUGUCCUGGAAGCCAUUCAUUGACAGCAACCAACUACGGACAUGGAGGCUUGUUCGAUGUAGUCUGCGACAAGUGCAACCACAAUCUCGAAUCGGACGACAAUUGGUUUGGCUGCCGUGUCUGCAAUUUUGAUUUGUGCCGUAACUGUCAUCAGAACGACCAAGGAGCGGAACACAUUAUGAUUGGAGCAUCCAAAGAUCCCUAUGAUGAAGUUGCUACCAUUGCCAAACAGCUGGGAACUCGCUAUGCCAAACUGGUCUGUAAUCGAUGGCUAUCUCGAAGACGCCCCAACUCCUUUUGGUUGAUUUGGGAGCAUACGAACUGGGGAUGGGUCCCUCCAUCCAACUUUUCCAGGAACAAGAGUAUUUUGACAAACCAGGACAUUGAGGAUCUCAGAUUGUCCAGAGACCAUCUGUUGGUUGCCCCCGGCGCUCGACUGGUCAUCCGACUCAGCGAGGAUCUGCGCGGUAUGGUUUUGGAUGCCAACAAUAACAACAACGACGACGACAAUCAAGGUGACGAAAGGCUCGCCAAGAAAAUUCGCAUCGAAGGGCAGCCGACCAGAGAACUUUUGCCAGGAGAAAUAGAUCAAAUCCUUCCAAACGGCGCUACCGCAGAAGAACUGGAGGGAUAUGCGAAACAGAUUUGCUUAACAGAACCAGCGUGGCAGCAUAUCAAGGAUCAGUUAGAGUUGAAGUUGGCCGCCAGUGGCUGGAAUUGGGACAGGACUGCUCUCUUUCACGAUGUCAUGCUCGAGCUGGAAUCUAUGGAAAUUGGCAAGGUAGCUUACAGAUUGACUGCAGUGGCGGGAAGGAACUGGACUCAAGUACGGCUGUGAUGAUGGUUUUUCUUUUUGAUGCGUGGAAUGAUGAACAAAACACAACAAGUCACUGAAGAAGAAAAGCACACAACAAGAAACUCCAUUGGUUGAACGUGACUGCCACAGGUAUUGCGCAAAAGGAAGCAAGAGACUCAUAAUGCAGACGCAGAAGAAUAUUUAAUGCUGAUCCUCCCGAUGGAUGGAUCUAUCAAGCCACUGUACCGGUACGAUAUGCAAGAUAGAGAUCAAGAAACCCUCAAAUAUAAAAUGCUAAAGUUGUAGUCUUUUGCUUGUCAAU